CUGGGAGCGCGGGAGGUGGAGCUGGCCCCGGCGGUCGGUCUGCGUCUUAACCCAGCGCCCCCUCCCCGGACGCAGCCCGAGGCGGACCCAAGCCCCUGCCCAUGCGGGGCGCCCACGGCUCGGAAGAGUCCCCGCUUCAGGGAACAGCUCCAGGCAGCCGCGCCGGAGUCAGAGGAAGGAGGGAGAGUGCUCAGCUUGGGCGGCCCGGAUCCUUCCCACAGCCCUUGGGGCCUGGGGCCGCCCUGAAGUGGACGCUUGGCACCGCGGUCCGGACCAGGGCAGCGCCUGCUGGGACCUCGACUUGGACCCCUUGCGCCUCCUAGGCGGCGCCGCCGCCGCGCCACCCAGCUCUUCCUCGGUCUCUCUCUGCCUGGCGGUCGUCACGGCCAAGGAUUUUGGCGGAGAGGGAGCGAGUGUGGGCACACCCUCUGCUGCCUGGGUCGGGAGCCCUGGAGACGCUGAAAGUGGAAGACCCUAAGACUCCUGCCUCCAGGACCCGUCCCACGGCUUGCCCGGCUUCUAGGCACACAGGCUGCUAACAGAGCGAGCAAGCGGAGUUUCUCGUUAGCACCAGAAAGUAUUAUGAGGGAGGCCGAGGACUCCAUGCUCCUGGCAGAGAAACGGCGCUGGGAUUAGGGAUUGCCACCUCCGAGAGGAUGCUGGGAAUCUGCAGAGGGAGACGGAAAUUCCUGGCUGCCUCGUUGACUCUUCUCUGCAUCCCAGCCGUCACCUGGCUUUACCUGUUUGCAGGGAACUUCGAAGAUGGGAAGCCCGUGUCCCUGUCUCCGCUGGAGUCCCAGCCACACAGCCCCCGGUACACCGCCUCCAGCCAGCGGGAGCGCGAGAGCCUGGAGGUGCGCGUGCGCGAGGUGGAGGAGGAGAACCGCGCGCUGCGCCGGCAGCUCAGCCUGGCCCAGGGCCGGGCGCCCGCGCCGCGCCGCGGCAACCACUCCAAGACCUACUCCAUGGAGGAGGGCACUGGGGACAGCGAGAACCUGCGCGCCGGCAUCGUGGCGGGCAACAGCUCCGAGUGUGGACAGCAGCCAGCUGUGGAGAAGUGUGAGACAAUCCACGUUGCUAUUGUCUGUGCCGGAUAUAAUGCCAGCCGGGAUGUUGUCACCUUGGUCAAGUCUGUCCUGUUUCACAGGCGGAACCCUCUGCACUUCCACCUGAUCGCCGACUCCAUCGCGGAGCAGAUCCUGGCAACUCUCUUCCAGACCUGGAUGGUGCCUGCCGUGCGCGUCGACUUCUACAACGCGGAUGAGCUCAAGUCUGAAGUUUCCUGGAUCCCCAACAAACAUUACUCUGGGAUUUACGGUCUGAUGAAGCUCGUCCUCACCAAGACUCUUCCUGCCAACCUGGAGAGGGUCAUCGUCCUUGACACGGAUAUCACCUUUGCAACCGACAUUGCGGAGCUGUGGGCCGUGUUCCACAAGUUCAAAGGUCAGCAGGUCCUGGGCUUGGUAGAGAAUCAGAGCGACUGGUACCUUGGAAACCUGUGGAAGAAUCACCGCCCUUGGCCUGCCCUUGGGAGGGGCUACAACACAGGGGUGAUCCUGCUGCUUCUGGACAAGCUGCGGAAGAUGAAAUGGGAACAGAUGUGGAGGCUGACCGCAGAGAGGGAACUGAUGGGCAUGCUCUCCACGUCCUUAGCUGACCAGGAUAUUUUCAACGCCGUCAUCAAACAGAAUCCCUUCCUCGUGUACCAGCUUCCCUGCUUCUGGAACGUGCAGCUGUCGGACCACACCCGCUCUGAGCAGUGCUACAGAGACGUGUCUGAUCUAAAGGUCAUUCACUGGAACUCCCCCAAGAAGCUGCGGGUGAAGAACAAGCACGUGGAGUUCUUCCGCAACCUCUACCUGACCUUCCUGGAGUACGACGGGAACCUCCUGAGGCGGGAACUGUUCGGCUGCCCGAGUGAAGCCGACGUCAACAGUGAAAACCUCCAGAAGCAGCUCUCCGAGCUGGAUGAGGACGACCUGUGUUACGAGUUCCGGCGAGAGCGUUUCACUGUCCACCGGACCCACCUGUACUUCCUGCACUAUGAGUACGAGCCUGCUUCGGACAACACGGAUGUCACCCUGGUCGCUCAGCUCUCCAUGGACAGGCUCCAGAUGCUGGAGGCCAUCUGCAAGCACUGGGAGGGGCCCGUCAGCCUGGCCCUCUACCUGUCGGACGCCGAGGCCCAGCAGUUCCUCCGCUACGCCCAGGGCUCCGAGGUGCUCAUGAGCCGCCACAACGUGGCCUACCACGUCGUGUACAAGGAAGGCCAGUUCUACCCCGUGAACCUGCUGCGUAACGUGGCCAUGAAGCACGUUGGCACGCCCUACAUGUUCCUGUCCGACAUCGACUUCCUGCCCAUGUACGGGCUCUAUGAGUACCUCAGGAAGUCUGUCAUCCAGCUCGACCUCGCCAACACCAAGAAAGCGAUGAUCGUCCCUGCAUUCGAGACGCUGCGCUACCGGCUCUCAUUCCCCAAGUCGAAAGCGGAGUUGCUGUCAAUGCUGGACAUGGGGACUCUCUUCACAUUCAGGUACCAUGUCUGGACAAAAGGCCACGCGCCCACAAACUUCGCCAAGUGGCGGACCGCCACCACGCCUUACCGGGUUGAAUGGGAGGCCGAUUUUGAGCCGUACGUUGUCGUGAGACGGGACUGCCCUGAGUAUGACCGGAGGUUUGUGGGCUUUGGUUGGAACAAGGUGGCUCAUAUCAUGGAACUAGAUGCGCAGGAAUAUGAAUUCAUCGUGCUGCCCAACGCCUACAUGAUCCACAUGCCUCACGCCCCCAGCUUUGACAUCACCAAGUUCCGGUCCAACAAGCAAUACCGCAUCUGUCUCAAAACCCUAAAAGAAGAGUUUCAAAAAAAUUCCCGCCGCUAUGGCUUUGCUGCCCUCAAAUAUCUCACGGCCGAGAACAACAGCUAGCACCAAGAAGCCACCACUAGGGAGAGACAUUCUUCAGGGGGAGAGCCACUUGCUGUUUGGGGCCCAGCCUUCAAACUCAAAACUGAGCAGUGCUUUUUUUUUUUUUUUUUUGGUUUCUUUUUAUUUCUCCCUUUGGCCCAACAAAGCUGCCCACACUAGAGAUCUGAGACAAGGAUUAAGUCACAUCCUCUGCGCCCCACGACCCGGCAUUUCUAGAAUGUGGAAAAAUAGCUCAUCCACACAGAAUCUGAAAGAAUGGGACAUGGAGGGUGAGAGGGAGCAAUGGGGUUACCCUACCACAAAGCCGCAAAACUAAGCAGGUCUUUAGGAUGUUCUCGUUGCUUUUUAAGAGAGAGAAGUCAGGGUGUCGGGGGUCAGCCAUCCCAGGAAAUAAAAGCAAAAAUGUGUCUUCAUUCAAAGGAAACUUUCUUCUUUGCCCCAGCAUCUAGCUGGCUAUCCAAGGGGAGGGCAAACCAAUGAUCAGAACCAACCAUUUGGAAAAACCCAGUGGGGGAUGUUGUACCUGGUAGGGCCUGGUGGUGGGGUUGGUUGGUUCUUUAUCCUCAAGGUCGCACUUGUUUUGAUUUUCGUUUAUUCGGGGGGAUUUUGUUUGUUUGUUUUUGGUCUGGGAAUCCAAAAUAGAAAAUCUGAUCUUUUAAGGCUCUGAAGGAAAAACCAACUGCCUCAACCAACGCCCGUCUAUCAGCAGUGGCCCAGCAAGGAGGAAGAGGCUUCAGCCAGUGGUUAAACAUGGGCAGCCUUCGUCAGGAUUAUCACCGAGGCCCCCAUGACCUUGAAUUCCUUCCUCCCCAGAAUCCAGGGGCUAAGAUGGAAAUACGAAAACCGAUUGUCUCACCACCGGUCACAUUUUCUAUUGGCAAUGACUGAUUCGUGGGGAAAGGGCUUCGAAGGGGCUGUUUGAGCGCACAUGAAAGGUAUGAACCUCUCAGGCCUUUAGAAGAACUUUCGCAAUUCAGGCGAGCCCAGUUCCGAAGAUUCACCCAUCCAUUUGGAGCCCGUCGCGAAGAAGGUGUUAGGUUCUUCUGUGUUCGUGCCUGCUUUCCUACGGCUGGGUCGAGGUCACAACCUCAGGCUCCAUUUGGAACCAGUACAGAGGGUAGGCAAGCACCUUCACUGUUACACAGAUUGAGGAGACACUGGACUUUCUACCCAUUUUCUUGAAUCUUCAAUAUUAAUGUUGUGUUUACAUUGAUGAGAAUAAGAGUCAGUGCCCUACUCUGCUGGGCUGUUUGUAUUGAGUUGCAAUGUGACCAGCGAACGCUGCAUUCAAUAAACGGAAGUAUGGACUGUUUCUUCCCCACUCCCCUCCCACUCUUGUAAGAAAUCUGCUGAGGCACACUUCCGUGUAGAGAGCAGAAUUGAUAAAUGGCAACUUUACA